AUGUCCUCUCAAGAUAUUUCCCAACUGAGUCCUUCUCAACAGGAGGCCUUGCAGACCUACACCGCAGUGACGGAUCAGGACCCAAUCGCCGCCAUUCCUUUGCUACAAAGAUGCGAAUGGAACGUCCAGAUCGCCAUCGCCCGCUUCUUUGACGGGGAGCCAGCCACCGAUCCUUUAGCAGAAGCUCGUUCCGCAUUGCCUCCUGCUGCCGCUCGACAGACUGCCAACCUCCAAUUCGAGUCCCUGCUUUCUUCGACACAACCUGCUCCUCGUCAAAAUCCCGAAGACACCGUCGAAAGAGUCGACACAUCCAUCGCAACGGAAACGCAAUACCGUCCUUCGUUUCUAUUUUCCAUCCUCUUCUCUCCAUUCAACAUUAUGUACCGCGUCCUGAGCACAAUACUCUCGCCUCUGGGGUUCCUUGUACCCUCAUUCAUGUCAAGACUUUUCCAUCGCCUGAUAUAUCAGCAGUCAAGGACCGUGCGAAGAGGUUUGCCACCGGCCGAAACUACGAGAAGGUUUAUACGGGAGUUCAGCGAAGAGUAUGGGACAAACACCCUACCCUUUGUAGAAACGGGGUUCAACUUGAGCCUUGACAAUGCGAAAAAGGAUCUGAAGUUUCUCCUUGUUGUCCUUCUUUCUCCCAGUCACGAUGAGAACACUACGUGGGUGCAAGAAACGCUACUUUCUAACCAAAUGAAAUCCUUCCUGGAUUCUCAUGCAAAUGAACUGUUCCUCUGGGGAGGCAACGUCCGGGACCCCGAGGCAUACCAGGUUUCCUCCAGUUUGCAAUGCACCAAGUUUCCAUUCGUCGCUCUAGUUUGCCAGACGACCGAAUCUGGCUCUACGGCAAUGACCGUCAUCAUGCGGGCAGCUGGGCCUAUGCCUGCAUCAGAGCUUGUUGCAAAACUCGGAACCGCCAUGACGACACUUCAGGCACAGUUAGCCGCCGCCCGAGCUCAACGGGCAGAACAACAGGCGUCUCGCAAUUUACGACAGGAGCAGGAUUCGGCUUAUGAACGGUCGCUUGCUCAAGAUCGUGAACGUGCCCGCCGGAGACGAGAGGAGGAAGAGGCAGCAGCGCGAGCUGAGAAAGAGGCCCUAGAACGAGCUCGCGAAGUGGAGAAGAGAAGAGCAGACAUGGCUCAAUGGAGGCAAUGGCGGGCUCAGUCACUGCCGAAGGAACCCGGGCCUGAGGUGAAUGAUGCCAUACGAGUUAGCAUCCGCAUGGCUUCUGGUGAGCGGGUCAUCCGCAAGUUCCACUCCAACGCGGACUUGGACGAGCUCUAUGCAUUUGUCGAUUGCUACGAGGCUGUCAAAGCGAGACAGGUCGCAGGCACGAUAGGAGAAGAAGUUGAGGAACCAGUCAAUUACGAACAUGAGUACGGAUUUCGACUGGUUUCCCCAAUGCCGAGGACCGUGUAUGACUUGGAGAAGGGAGGGUCUGUAGGGGAAAUAAUAGGGAGGGCAGCAAACCUAAUAGUAGAGCCCAUCGAGGAAGAAGAGACCUCUGACGGAGAAUAA